GUUCUCGUUGAACACCUCUCUCGAGAAGUGAUAGUUUUGGCAAGCCGGAUAGCUCUCUCUAAGCCACCUCAGACGAUAUCAGAGUAGACUACCACUUUAUGUUCCCCAACUUCUUGCACUCCCCAACUUCCUUCUACCGCACCUUCAGACUGCAAUGUUUCUUUAGCACGGGAAUCACUCCUGGUCUGGCCUCUGCUACACCCCAAAGGCUCUUAUCCGCCGCAGUGCCGGCCUCUACUCUUCACGCAAAUCUUCCACAGCUCUCCCACACGCCGGUGCAUCUCCGCAGGCUUCCAAAGUCCGCUAGAGACCUCUUUACGUUAACAUUGUUAUGCAUCGGCAGCAUCUCUCUCGGUCGUCAAUACCCCCAUUGAAAAAGUUUUCCGAAACAUCUACUCCUGCGGAAAGUUCUAGCAGGAUUUGAAAGAACCCGGUGCAUGAAAGGCGAAUGUGUGGUUUUAUUGUAUUGGCUGCGGCAGACCGCGCUACCAUAUUAAACCAUGGUAUCAUGGAUAUGUAUGCGGAGGCGGGAAGCAUGUACAACGAUAAAUUGCCGUGCCGGCCACGCCCAUUGUGAUAUUUGCGAGAUCUAGAUCUGCUGUAGGCGGAUAGAGUAUAGC